CACCCAAUGGCUUCAGACGCAGCUGUGAAAUGUCAACAGUCAAGUACUGAACCUAACAAUGAUACGGGACUUUUAGUUUGCCAGGCACUCUCUGAUAAAAUUAAACCUAACGUGUUUUCCCAAAAUGGCGCGAAGAAUUUUGCUCCACUAUUUCCAGAAGAAGUGUACAAACGGAAAACCAAGAAAGAUAAUAGAGACGGAGACGAGUUCCUGGACAGGAUUAUAGAACACGAAAGUAAGAAGACUAGGCAUUAUCAUGAAAACGGAAGGAGGGUUCGUAAGAGAGGUCAUGAAAAGAUCGAUUUCGCGACGGGCUUAGAUGGGCAAACAAAAUGGGUGGGCAGUUACAAAAGGACCCAAUUUAACCAUGGUUUAAAUGGUACUGAAAGUGAUAGCUUACGUGACUGCCCAGUUCCUCCACG